AUGGGCUCCUACACUCCCCCGAGUGAUCAGGAGAUCCAUACAAUCUACAUACCAGAGGAUGUACGCAAGUCAGGAACCCCAACGCUGGACCUAAUCGCCGAAGGCGCAGCCUUCCUGCACAAAGACGGCAUCAUCGUGCUCGACAAUGCCAUCGACGUAUCGCACAUCGACACACUGAACGCGAAGCUCUCUCCGGAGGCGCUGGAGAUCGCCAACGACCCAGACCACCACUUCAACUUCGGCAAACACACGAGGAACAUGGACCAAGCGCCGCCACCGACCAAGAACCUCAUGUUCAAAGACCUGUGGUGCAACCCUUUCGCCGCAGCCAUCCUCGCGGCGGUCCUCGGCCCCAAGCCCGUCAUCCACUACGCGAAUGGAAACACGGCGCUGAAGGCACCGCCUCACGGGCGCCAACCGGUCCAUUCGGACUGCGAGUUCGCGCACCCGGCAUACUUCCCCUUCGCGUACGUGAUCAACAUCAAUCUCGUCGACGUGACGCCCGAGAACGGCGGCACGGAGGUGUGGGUCGGCUCGCACCACGUCAGCGUCCAGGAGGCCCACAAUCCCGCCGACGAGUGCGAGGAGCUCCUGACCAUCCGGCCCGAGCUGCUCGAGGAGCGGCGGAAGCAUUCGCCCCCGAUCCAGGCCCGCACGAAGCGCGGGAGCUUGAUCAUCCGCGACCUGCGCCUGUGGCAUGCCGGCAUGCCGAACCUGACGGAUCAGCCCAGGGUCAUGUUGGCGUUUGUCGCGAGUCCGGCUUGGUGGCAGGGCCGUAGCAAGAUACUGUUGCCCAGGGAUGUCCAGGAGAUGGUGGAAGGCUGGGGAGACCUGGCAUACGCGGCUGAGUAUGUCGAUGGUGAGGUCGAUCAUAAAAAGUUGAAGAGCGAGGGUGUCGAUUUUGGUUCUGGCAGUGCGGUUCUGCAGAAAUAUCAGGCUGAUUUGAGCCGUUGGCCGACCUACACUCCGCGGUGGUAUUAG